CCUCAUCAGCUUUACGCUAUAGAGUUGAUUGCACCAUUUCCUUCUGGUAUGUUUCUAAAAACAUUCCUUUACAUCACUGAUAGUUUCCGGUUCCAAGCUCAAAGAUAGAUAUAUAAAGAGAGAAAUGUUUCUCAUGGACCCAGAUAACGCAGUAUCAAGCUCUUUCUGAAGACAUCUGACAAACUCUAAAGACAUUCAUCACAAGAUGCCAGAACAGACUGAGCUUAUACACACUUUCAAUGGCAUUCCAUUUUCUACAAGAGUAUCAAAAGAGCUCCUUCAGUCCCUGGACACCUUUGAAGCCAGAGAAGAUGACGUGUUAUUAGUUUCAUAUCCAAAAUCAGGCACGCACUGGCUUACAGAGAUUAUGAAGAAUCUGUACCACAGCCACAGUGAAGCCAAUGGGGUUAGCAAAGUGACUCUGACAUCACCUCUGGAGUUUGGAGAUCUCUCCAGAUUCGAUGAGCUGAGAAACCUCCCCAACAAGAGGCUCAUCCCAACACACCUCAACUAUGAGAUGAUCCCAGUGCAGUUCAAAACGAAAAAAUGCAAGAUGAUUUAUGUGAUCAGAAAUCCUAAGGACACCGCUGUUUCAUUGUACCAUUAUUACAAGCAGAACCCCAAUCUGCCCAAGAUUGAGAAAUGGUCCACCUUUUUGGAAAUGUUCUUGAAAGGAGAAGUUGUGUGCGGCUCCUGGAUUGACCAUGUCCUUAGCUGGGAAAAGAGUAAAACUGAUGAAAAUGUCCUUGUUCUGUACUAUGAGUCCUUAAAGGAGGAUCUUCCAAAACAUGUCAAGGAGAUCAGCACAUUUCUGGGCAUCAACGUCACUGAAGAUCAAGUCAAAGACAUUUCAAAGAAAUCUUCCUUCAGUGAAAUGAAGGAAAAGGCAGAGAAGGAGAAAGUGAAUCCAAACCACACGGUCUGUGUACUGACUUCCAACAAGAAGCUGAUAUUUAGGAAAGGUACUGUUGGUGACUGGAAAAAUCAUUUCACUUCCAAGCAGAAUGCCAAGUUUGAUGAGCUGUUCAAGGAAAAAAUCAACUCCAGUGAAUUAGCAAGACGUGUGGAAUAUGAGAGUUAGAAUAGAAUGCAUUUAUUAUAUUAAUUGUAUUAGUUAAUACUUAAAAAUUGUAGUAUGAUUGUCAGGUGAAAUGUCACUUGUUUUAUAUUGCCUCUGAAAAAAUUACACUACUUUUGUAUUUCCUGAUUGUAUAGCUGCCACCUCUUCAUUAUGAUUUAGAGACCAAAUGCACUUUUUUGUCUUUUGACAACUUGGACUCAUAAGGAGGUUCAAUAUUGCAUUUAUUUACUUUAGAAAUAUGUAUUUUGUUAGUGAAUGUACUUAAUUUACUUCAAGUAUAAACUUAUUUGUGUGAAAUUCAACUUUGCAAUUAGUAUGCCAUAUGUAUAUAUUUUUGUAUUGUUGUGUUAAGUAAAAAUCAGUCACUUUAGCUAGCACUUCAUUUUUGCUGAACCCAAGAACAGGAUAGAGUUUCAAACCACUAUGUUUUAUAUAGUAUUAUAUAAUUAUAUACACCUGUCUUUACAUUUACAUUUAGUAGCAUUAAUAUAUUUAUUUUUCUUUGUGCGGGGUACAUUUAACACUUGUUUUUUCAGUCCAGUUUGACAUUUCUAAACAGGAUUAAUGUAGAUAGCUAAAUGCCAUGUAUUUUAUACUUAACUUAUUUGU